UUAAUGUCAGAACCCUGCUACUAGAGCCUGGAUGUGGCUCUGAGUUUCAGGGUCACUGACAUUGAUAAGACACCUGCGUCCCAGGACUCGGAGGAGAAACGGCUGAUGGACUUGGCGGGGAAUUUGCGCGGGGUUUUACUGAGCGGGAAGAGACUGUUCAAAUGAGGGGGAGGGUAUAUAAAGGAGGGUUGGCCGGAGCCUCCCAUUCUUGGCUUUUCUGAUGUUCAUGUUUCCUACAGUAAAAGUUCCUGGUGAUACCACAAAGAGUCUCGUGUGUUCAUUCAGGAGCGGCUGUGGUGAGCUGACACUAAGCCAAGAAUACGGACACCAUCCCGCUGUAGCGGUGAGGUGUAACAUGCAAGUGGAGGAUGAAGAGCUCUUGGGCGCCGGAGGAGGAAGGUCGGAAAGGGCCACUCCCGAGACGGACGCUGAGUUCCACCAGCUGGCGGCCCUGGCGUCAUCCACCGCUUAUGCCCAGCCAAAUGGGGUAACCCAGAGGCGCGGAGUGGUGCGGGGAGAUAGCACCGGAGGAGAGGAAGGUUCACCUUCCCCAGGCCCGCAAAAGAUGGUGUUUCUGGAGGAGAGGAUGUCGGCGAUGGAGACCACCCUGGCAGUGAUGUCGAGGGCGAUGGAGCGCCUGGCGGUUUUGGCGGAGCCGGAGCGAGGAAGGGAACUCCGGGCUAGCUCAAUGUGGGACGUGAGCAUGGGAAGCAGCCAGGGCUUUGCAGACCUCCCAGCACCGAAGGGAAGGGAAAUGCGAAAGGAGCCCGGUGCCCGGCCCAAGAUCCAAACGAGCCUGACGCGGGUGGAGGAGAGUGACGACGAAGGGGAAAAGCCUCCGAGAAUCCCGGCUACGCUCCCAACUGAGACCCUGGUGCCCCUGGCGAAUGCCGGGCAUGGCACAGGACAAAGGGAAGCAGCAGCGGGGCCCACUGGCCCGCAAGGGGGCUUGCGACGGGCGGAGGAUUGGGGAUUGCCACCACAGGGACCCCUACCGAGACGAGAGGAACUAAGGAUCGAGUUUGGGGGAGAGUCCUCUGAACUGGAUUUUUUCCUGACCACGGUGAGGGGCUAUAUGGAGGACAAUGCCCACACUUUUAGAACGGAAUCCAGCCGGGUACGGGCCAUUGGUGCAGUGUUGAAGAGGGGAGCGGCCAGCUGGUACGUUCAACUACACGCGCGGCGCGACCCAUGUCUGGGGUCACUCCGACGCUUUAUGGGGGCCCUGGAGACCCGUUUCCGAGAUCCACUGGAGCAGAUCCGGGCGAGGGAGGAGUUGAAGACCGUCUCCCAGGGGCAGAGGUCGGUAUCUGAGUAUGCGGAGGAGUUCCAAUGCCUCGCUGAAAAGGUGCCGGAAUGGUCUGCAGUGACAAAGAUAGAACUCUUCAAAGAGGGGCUCAGGCGGGAGAUCCUCUCCUGGGCGGUGCAUCGUGAUGAGCCUGACACACUGCGCGGAUGGAUUCAGCUGGCGGGGCGCAUCGAGACAUCGCUGGCCCAGGCGAGGAGGCACCGAGGAGGGCUACAGCAGCGGCCGCAGAUGAAAGAGGGGAGCCGGAAGGAGGGAUCAACCCCAGCCGGGAGGAGAACGGAGCCGACAGGGAACGUGAGCACCAGCAGGAGGGGCUGCUUCGUGUGCGGCCGUUUGGGCCACAGGGCUGCCGAGUGCUGGCAGAGAAAAGGGGAAGGCGGAGGCCCGCCCAAACCAAGAGCCGUGGCAGGGAAACGCGCCGAGGAAGAACCACCGAUGAGGCACCACUCGGGGGGGUUGGACGAAGGGGAGGAGGACGCCAUGUCAGAACCCUGCUACUAGAGCCUGGAUGUGGCUCUGAGUUUCAGGGUCACUGACAUUGAUAAGACACCUGCGUCCCAGGACUCGGAGGAGAAACGGCUGAUGGACUUGGCGGGGAAUUUGCGCGGGGUUUUACUGAGCGGGAAGAGACUGUUCAAAUGAGGGGGAGGGUAUAUAAAGGAGGGUUGGCCGGAGCCUCCCAUUCUUGGCUUUUCUGAUGUUCAUGUUUCCUACAGUAAAAGUUCCUGGUGAUACCACAAA